GCCCAGAACCAUCCAAAAACUCACCCAAAGUCCCACUUCAGCCCACCCCUCUCCAAUCCUAAAGCCUUAGCCCAUGUCUCUCCUAUGACAAGAACAAAUGACGAAUACAUUUAAGCCAUGUGCAGUGAAAUAUUUUGGAGGCCAGCGAGGAAGUCCAAGAGAGUCAGUGGAUCAGGAAGAAGAAGUUAAUAAUAAGGGAAAUCAGGAUUUUGAAUAUGAAGAACCCACUUUUGCAUGUGAAGGUUUUGUACGUACACGAUAUGAAGAAACCAAGCAGAAGCCAAGGAGCAGACCCUUGGCUGAUGAAGAAAAGAAAUUUAGCCACGAUAGUGGGUCUGAAACUGAAUCAAAGGUUAUUGAUAGUAAUAUUUCAAAAAUCUACAAAGAAAUUGAUGAGAUAAAUCAGGCUUACACCCAUAUCAAAAAGACAGCUUAUUACUCACAAAAAUACAAUCAAAAUUUAUCUUCCUCAAUAAAUUCCAAUCAAUCCCAUUCCAACCAGUCCCAUUCCAUUUAUACAACUGUGACUAGCAAUACAAAGGAAGAUUUAAACGCUAUUAGAAAGAAAUUACUAGAAUCCAAUAGAAUUUGUUUUGAAGGUUCAAAGAGCUUGAAAUCUUCUAUAACUGGCAGUAAACGCUUCAAGCAUGACCAAGACUCCUCAAAUAUAUCCUUGCAAGAGUUCAAAAAUAAAUCUCAAAAACUCAAUAUCCACAAAUAAACCUCAAACAGCCAACCUACCACCUAACUCUGAGGACGAAAUCCCCAGGAAGAAAAUAUUACUCAGCAUCAGCUCGAGCAAGGCCAAGCAGAAGGAGGCUAAGCCCCAGCCUAAAGGCUAUAAAGGAAUUUAUGAACGCCAGAAAGAAUGGGCUGAAAACCUCCAAAAGAAAAGACAACAAGAGUUAGACAAGAAGAAGAACAUCAAGGAUGAAAACUGCACUUUCAAACCCAAGAUCAACGACUACUCCCCAAACCAAGCUGAGAAAUGGAAGGAAGAUUCAGAGUACGAGAGUCCAAAGAAGGCUCCCAAACCUUGGGAUGACUCGAGAGACCAGACUGUAGUUACUGAAAGAGAUAAGAACCAGAGCAGAAAUUCAUCGUUCUACUGUAAAGGCUGUAAACAGAAGGAAUCAACUAAGAACACUCAGGAGAAGGACCUGUUAGAUUACUAUAAAAGAAGCAUGAAUUGGCUCAAGCAAAAGGAAGCGAAGAGGAAGAUUAUGAAAGAAAGAGAAGAAAAAAAGCUAGAUGAAUACACUUUUGUCCCAAAUACUAACAAUCAUAUGAGGUCACGAUCUCAUCAUGACGCUGGAGCAUCUGGAGGCACAUCUUUUAUACAGAGAAAUAAAGAAUGGAUCGCGAAGAAACAAGAAAAACAAGACAUUAAAUAAACAAGAGAAGAUUCAAAAGGAGAACGAAGAGAUGAAAAGCAAGUAUAAUGGAUCUGUUAGCCAAAUUAAAAGAAGAUCUUCCAAUAUUUCGAGGAGAACACAAAGGCAACUACAUGAAGAUUCAAAUCCAAACGAUUCAUUAUCUUUUGCAUAUUACAAUGCUGAGAACCCAAUAAAUGAAUCUACUGUUUCUAGGAAUAGUCAAGGAUCCAGAGUGAGCAGAAAAGGGUCGGUGAGAAGACAAAAAUCCAAACUCAAGCAUAACUUCAAAUCAAAGAAACCCAUUAGCAAGACUCAGACACUCCACUCUCGAUCUAAAACAGGCAUCAAUAUAUCAUCCCAUGCUACCAAAGAUCUAGAUGAGUUCCAAACUCUCGUUUCCAAACUAAAAGAUAUGAUGAAGCCAGGUCAGUCUUCUCUUGACACAGAGCAAAUUCAACAAAUUCCUACCCAGGAACCUUUAAAUACCGAUCAAAAUAGUUACCCAAAAGCUGAGAAUCCUUCGCUAAUCACUAAUAUUCUUCUUUCCUUUGAUAAUUCUUUGUCUCAGGCAGAAUCAGCAGCUCAGCCUCAGGCUGAGCUGUCAUUCGAGCCUAGAGUAGAGUUUUCAGCGAUAGAGAAUAGUAAAAGAUUGCUCGAAGCCACUCAGAAGAUUAGCAGUGUGAAUAAUAUAGGAAGCGACUUAUUAUCCUCACCUCCAAAGCAAGCUAGUUUCGGUACAACUAAGCCUGAAGAAGACCAAGAUCAAAAAUGUGAGGAAUCCUUUGAAGACCUUCAAGCAAAGCUUAAGCAAUUAGAAGAAACUAUGCAGUCUAUAGAUUGCCCAUAACAUUUAACUCAA